AUGGAACAGCAAAAUUGUGGUGCUAGUCUCAUUACAGCAAAACAUGUACUUACAGCAAGUCAUUGUGUCGUUGGCAAUGAUGUACAAUAUAUUCGUAUCCAUUUUGCACUUCAUAAUUUUACUUCAAAUAUUCUGAAACCAGAAAAUGGUGUUCCAGCACAAAGAUAUGUUUCUCACGAGUCUUAUAAUAGUGGCAGACUGACAAAUGAUGUAGCCGUCAUUCGUUUACAAGUACCUGUAGCAGUUGAUAAUUCAAAAGCAAGUGGUUGGGGAUCAACUGCAGGUGAUCGAAAUCGACCCAAUUCUAGUCGACCAGUUGAACUGCAACAAGUGGCUCUCUAA